UCCCAGAACGCUACGAAAUGACAACGGAGGGGCUCUCCCCUCAGCCGACGCAGGGUAUCACCCCAUAUGCUACAGUUGUCGUCGAUAUUGAAGGCACGACGACACCCAUAACGUUUGUCCAUGACGUAUUGUUUCCAUAUGUCAAGGAAAAUCUUGAAAGCUUUUUAGUGGAAAACUGGGACAAUGAAGAGUGCGUGGAAAAAGUAGCGGCAUUAAGGGAGCAGGCAAAAAAAGAUGUCGAGCAAAAAGUAGAAGGAGCUAUGCCGAUUGUCGACGCUGCACAUCCUGAUCGUGAAGAGAUCUGCAAGUCAGUCAUAGCCAACGUCAAAUGGCAGAUGUCCAUAGAUCGGAAGAUUGGCCCGCUGAAGGCUUUGCAGGGAUAUAUGUGGCGGUCUGCGUACGAAAGCGGGAGGAUAAAGGGAGCUGUUUACGAAGACGUCGUUCCCGCCCUCCGAAAUUGGAUUGAGCAAGGGAUCGAUGUCUACAUAUACUCGUCCGGGAGUGUGGAAGCACAGAAGCUGUUGUUUGGGUGGUCGGUUGAAGGCAAUAUUCUCAAGUACUUCAAAGGUCACUUUGACACUGGAGUGGGAUUGAAGGUUGAGAAAGCAAGUUAUGUGAAAAUCAGCCAUGAAAUCAAGCAAGCCCCUGAACGGAUCUUGUUCAUCAGUGACAACAUCAAAGAAAUCGAUGCUGCCAUUCAGGCUGGUUACCAGGUAGCCAUCACCAACCGUCCGGGCAAUGCUCCGUUACCUUUCCCCCCCGAAGCCACAACAACCACCUCGAUCGAAGUUUGUGGGCAGCAAGUACCUAUUAUAGACACGUUCACAGAAGUCUUCGAGCGGACGAGCAGCUUCCAAGCAGCUAGCAGACCUAAACAGGGAGAUUUUAAACUAGACGAUUUGAUUCACCUGGAAACAAUGUUCGAGGAGCUGGGCCGUGAGGAUGGGUUGCGAGAUGGGAUACAUGCUGGGCAUACCGAAGGAAGAGUAGCUGGGACUGAACGUGGGUUUGAAAUGGCACGUGAGGCAGGAUUCUAUUUCGGUGCUGCAAAAAUGUGGGCCGAAGCGGCACAGAAAGGAUUCGUAGAGACGUCAGACCGAGGUAUGAAGGCUGUUCAGCUGCUGAGAGCACAGGCACAGGACUUCCCGCUUGAAAACACACACGACUCUGAGGGACCAGACCCAGUUACAUCGCUUGAUCGGAUACGGGGAAGAUUCAAAGUAGCCUCUUCCGCAUUUGGGACAUAUGCUACGGGCCAGAGAUAUAGGGCAGAUGAAAAUACGAGACCGCGGAUGAAUUUCUAGAUGUUACUUGAGUAUGUUCAUUACUUGUCACCCGGGCGAUGCAAAACAGGGCGGCGCUAUGGUAUGCUAUAUACUAGAUCUACUCCUAACUUAGAUAUGUGCCGUUGAUUCCUCCCAUAAAGUCUUCCCGCUACAUGAACACACUGUCUUGGGGUUUUCAAACACUCCAGCUGAUCGGGCUAUAAUACCACACACGGAAUCGCUCUUUGGGACUCCAGACUGCUUCGAACUUUGCAACUUUUCCAAAACGAUAGAUCUCCCAAUGACGUCC